AAAAACCGGAAGUUAUUUCUAAGUAAAGUGAGAGUAUUGCGUGACGAAUUGAAUUUCCGAGAAAGACGAGCGGACUUCACACAAAGCCAAAUGGUCGCUAUACUGCAGUAAACAAAGUUUUGUGGCAAGCAACUGAUUCGUAUUCAUUGAAAGUUCUCUGAUAUAACCGACAAAAAUGGCGAGUCCAGUGAGGGUAAUGAAGUUUCACCUUUUUAAUUGUGAUAACACGUAUAGCUUGGACUCGGUGGAAACCUUGUUGCUCAAAAUGGCAGACGAUCGUAACCUCAGACUAUUGGUGGAUAAGCGAAAAUUUCGCCUUCAUGAAAUGACGGAUGUGUGUGGAAAGACUAUUCCAAUGCUACAAAUGGAUUAUGCCGUCUUUGUUGUCCAUGCGCAUGAAUCUCGUCUCUCUAUCAACGAAGACAACGCUGGUAUUGGCUACGCGGAGAUCUACAAAACUUUGCUGCGAGCGACAGGAGACAAAGUGUUGAUCGUCAUUGGUGGCGAUGAUAAUUAUAGAGAUGAAAACGAGGAAGAACGGUUUGUUAUCUCACACUGGGCACGAAGGAAAGUGGCGUCACAGUUUGAUGAAGAGUAUCUCGAUGGAAGAAAAAGCUUCGUUUUCUCUUGGAAUAAAGGUCACAAAGAAAUCCACGAGAAAGCAUUAGAGCACUACCUCGACCCAAGUAAGAAAGGAGAAAAGUUUCAGUAUGUGCCAAAAUCCAUAACAGUAAACAUUGCUUCUGGAACCGUUGAUGAUUCAGACGAGGAAGCAGAACUGCACUUCUUAGAGUUUGGUAAGAAAGAGCUAAAGUUAAGGUAUGUGCCAGGACCACAACCUCCUUCCACCACAGAUGUUUCAGAAGAGGACGUAAGUGAUGACGCCAAGAACCCUCUUCUACCUCGUAGUGGAGACGACUCAACCCGAGAGAAACCUAAGAGGAAAGAGGGAAGAAAAAGGCCUAGGCCAGAUCCUUUCAAUGCUCAGCCGGAAUUUCUCGAGGGCACCAUUCUGCUGGACACGGUCCUGCGUUUUGGAAAAAUCUCCUACAGAGAAGAGGAUCUGAAAGCCUGGGAUCAGAGGUGGGAGCCAUCGGAAAAAGUUGUUCGCCACUUGUUGCAAGAUUGGAUGUGUAGACCGCUUGGGAAUGUUAGAUUUGUCGCUACAGCUAACGGUGGGGUAUCUUACAUUGUGAGACCUCGCAGUUUCUGUUGUGGACUGCGUUUGAUCCUUUGGGCGUUCAUAAUUAUCACUAUUAUCAUCAUUAUUUCUAUUAUUGUCUAUUUCGUUGAUCAUUAUUAAUUUUAUCGUUAUUAGUAUUUUCAUUACUAUUAAUUAUGGUUUAAAUUGAUGAGCCUCAUUAAAGAUAGUCUGAUAGCGAUGAACGAGAGAGAACAAGGACUGAAGCAAGCAGCACCGUUCAAACAAACUUUUAAUAAUGAGAAAAAAUACAUUAUUCCGUCUCUUAAUAAACAUCACUUGGAAACAA